CACUCGGCUCCAGGCUCCUUGCUGCUCACAGGCUUGUCCUGCUGGGAUACUCCGGAUGGAUUCACUCUGGCACUACCAGUUCCGCAUUAUCAUGCUGGGGGACUCGACGGUGGGAAAGUCGUCCCUGCUGAAGUGUUACACCGAGGGCGCCUUCCUCGACUCCAUCAACCAGACGGUGGGGGUGGAUUUCUACGUCCAGUUUGUGGAGCUGGAGCCCGGGCUCCGGAUCAAGCUGCAGUUCUGGGACACGGCCGGGCAGGAGCGAUUCAGGUCAGUGACUCGCUCGUACUACCGCAACUCCGCUGGGGCAGUGCUGAUGUUUGACCUGACCAACCGAGCAUCCUUUGAGAGUAUCAAGGAGUGGCAUCAGGAGGUGACAGACACGGUGAAACCUUUUCACGUGGUCUUUGUGCUGGUUGGGCACAAGAGUGACCUGGUGCCGCAGCGCCAGGUUGAGCGAAAGGAGGCCGAGAAGCUGGCUUCCUCACUGGGGGCAAAGUAUAUAGAGACAUCCGCUAAAAGCAACAGCAACGUGGAUGAUGCCUUCCAGCUGCUGACCUUGGAGAUCUAUGAAGCUGUGAAGGCAGGGGUGCUGAGCCCAAACAAGGAUUGGGAUGGGGUGAAAAGCAGACUGCCACCCACAGAGGAGCCCAAAGUACAGAACCUGGGAAAACAAGAGAAGCAGAAGAAGUGCUCAUGCUAGCCAGACAUUGUAGACUAAGAAGCCAGAGUGAGCUACCAUCACUCACCUUCCCGUAUGAGACUUGGCUGCCAGGCAGGACUAUAUGCAAGGACAGUCACAAUAGCCUCUUCUAACAGGCUAGUAGUUCCCGCUAACCUCUCCCAGCAAAGGCAACAAACAGAACUGGAACGGGUAAUGUUUCCAUCCACUCAUGUUCAAAGGCUGCAGGGUUACACAGCACCCUUUGUGCUUGGAGGAAAUUCCAAAUAGGAAUCCAAUGGUCUAAGCACUGGAAAAGUCUGGAAUUUACACUUGGAUACAAAGUUAAAUACAUUUUAUUCAUAUUUCUGGUUGCCUUUAGCAUUAAAGUUAGAACAAUAAACAUGCCAAUAAAAAUGGCAAGUGUCCCCCAAGUGGUAUAAACAGUGACACUAGACCCAGGAGGUGCCUGCAGAUUCGGAGGAUUUAGAAUCUCCAUGGAUGCUGCAUUUGCUACAGACUAAACAUUCUUCCAGCUGUCCUGGUUGUGAAGCACUUCCCAGCAUUGGUGUUCAGCUUGGAGUCUACAGAGUCACCCAGCAACAGCAUCUAAAGCACCCCCAGCUUCUCCCAUUCUCAUCAAUGCGGCUCGUCGUUUUAAAACCCUCAAGUUAUCAUUAAGCGGUGUUUUGCUGCAGGUUGUCCUGCCCGAAACAUCCAGCCACCACGUCCCUCUCAGGUCACUGGACUUCCUCUUCACUUGAAAGGGCAUGGCCUAGGAACAAGGCUGUAAGUUUCGAAUAUGAAAACAGUCACUCUAUUCGGGAAAAGCAGCUUCCCUCUCAGGCCUUAGAUUUAGCAAUCUGGUUCUAGGGCAACAGGACUGGCUAUUCCCGCAGGCUGUGUUCUUGUGACUACGCAGGAUACUGAAAUGCCUUCAAGACAGAACAGGAUAGCUUUCACCUCCAGGUUACUGGUUAGAAUCCAGACCAUGCUGAUAGUUUAAAAAACAAAUAAAACAAAAAACUAGGCUCUGUUGGCUUUUUAGGUGACCACUAUAAGAAAUGAAUUGGGCAGGUCUCCAACCAGUUUCCAGACCAGACUGUGGUACCCAAACUUGACGUUCCAUCCGUUCACUUCACAACAAUUUAAGAAAGUGGCACAUGAACCAAUGAAGUUUGGGAUCCAGUUUUAAACCACAUCAUAAAGAACCAUCUCUACAACUGGCCCCUACAAUGGUAGUCUCAGUGGAAAGACCAGUUAUUAGCUGGGCACGGAGAAUGGAUGACAUGCAUACUUACGAGUGUGAAUCCCCAUUUUGGAAGGACCGUGUCAGGUACCAGAAUGGCAGUUUAGGACACUGCCUAUGCUGUCAAUAAGAGUUCAGUUAUGAAGUUAACCAGUCUCAGCAGGAUUCUUGCAAAAUCCCCCCCCUUACUGCAAUAAACACGCUUUGUAUAGGUUUACAUUUUAAUGUUUUUAGACAGUGUGUACGGAGAGAUUUGGCAAACCAGUGAAGUGCCUGAAACCACUAUUGCAAGCGUUCUCAAACUGGGGGUCGGGAGGUUAUUACAUGGGGGAUCAUAAGCAAGUCUCCAGCCCAAACCCCGCUUUGCAUCCAGCAUUUAUAAUAGUGUUAAAUAUAUAUAUAAAAAAAAAUUAAUUUAUAAGGGGGGGGUCACACUCAGAGGCUUGCUAUUUGAAAGGGGUCACCAGUACAAAAGUUUGAGAACCAACACACUGUUGCUUAUUGCUAAAAGUUAUCGAGUCAGCAGGCCAUAAAUUGGUCAUGCAGCGGCCUUAGCAUAACCAAGGCAGGAGGGAAGGGAGUUCUGGGUGCCACAGACAGGGCAGCUUGACCCCAUGUCCUUCCUGCUAAGAAUGUUGAAAUUGCUGAUAUAUGUAUUUUAGAAAAACAGGAAGUCUGUCUGUAUGUGCCUCCGGGAAUGUUUGUCAAGGCCCCAAGGUAUG